GAAUUCUAUCAUCGUAUUCUCUAGCCCACAAGCAAAACCCAAAACAUACCUUACAGACCUUGACAUAACUAGCGAAAUUCAAGCAUAUACAAUGAUACUUUCCUGGAGAUCAAGAAGAAAUUUGAAGAAAAACAAGAUUCCAAGCCAAGAAAUAAAUUCAGACAUGGAAAUCUCGAAUCCUAGGCACUUCUGCUGUCCGAUUUCUCUUGACUUGAUGAAAGAUCCUGUCACAUUGUCGACAGGAAUCACAUACGACAGAGAAAGCAUUGAAAAAUGGAUUGAAGAGGGCAACCUAACGUGUCCGGUUACAAAGCAGGUGUUAGCAAGCUAUGAUCAGAUACCAAAUCAUUCCAUAAGAAAGAUGAUUCAAGAUUGGUGCGUGGAGAACCGUUCUUAUGGUGUCGAGAGGAUUCCUACGCCUCGCGUUCCAGUGACACCCUAUGACGUUUCGGAGACUUGUAAGAGGGUUAAUGAUGCAACUCGACGCGGGGAGCAAAAGAAGUGUCGGGAAUUGGUUAGGAAGAUCAAGAACUGGGGUAAAGAGAGUGAGCGCAACAAGAAGUGUAUUGUGGAGAAUGGGGCUGGUUGUGUCUUAUCGGCUUGUUUCGAGUCCUUUGCAAGUGUUUCGGUGGGGAGAGAUGAGGAUUUGUUGGGAGAGAUUUUAUCGGUUUUGGUGUGGAUGUUUCCACUUGGUGAAGAAGGCCAAAGUAAGCUUGGGUCGGUUAGGUCUUUGAAUUGUUUGGUAUGGUUCUUGGAGAGUGGAGAUCUUUCAGCCAGGCAAAAUGCAGCUUUGGUGCUUAAAAAUCUUCUUGCUUUGGAUCAAAAACAUGUGAGUGCCUUGGUGGGGAUUGAAGGCGUUUUUGCAGCAUUGGUUAAGUUGAUCAAGGAGCCUAUUUGCCCUACUGCUACCAAGGCUUCAUUGAUGGCAAUUUUCUACAUGACUUCACCAUCAAGCCUCAAUGAGAAGAUGAUACCAAUGUUUGUGGAAAUGGGUUUGGUGUCAGUGAUCAUAGAGAUUCUUGUUGAUGGAGAUAAAAGCAUAUGUGAGAAGGCAUUAGGUGUUCUGGACCAUAUUUGUGACUGCAAAGAAGGGAGAGAAAAGGCCUAUGAGAAUGCUCUAAUUGUCGCUGUUUUGAUCAAGAAAAUCUUGAAAGUAUCAGGUUUGGCAUCAGAAUUGUCAGUCUCCAUUCUCUGGAAGCUCUUCAAGAAUUCUCAAUACAGACCAGAGGAUGAUGAUGAUGCUGAAGGAGGUGUGGUCGUUGAGGCACUUCAAGUGGGUGCUUUUCAGAAAUUAUUGGUCUUACUGCAAGUGGGUUGUGGCGAGAGCACAAAAGAGAAGCUUAAAGAGUUGCUAAAACUGCUGAAUCUUUGUAGAGUUAGGUUAGAUUGUUUUGAUUCUACAGCAGAUUUCAAGUAUCUCAAAAGAUCAUACUGAUUUCGUGUUUCUCAAACAGCUUAGGCAAGAAAAUACAAACAGAUUCAUAGAAGAUUUUGAAUUCAUUCAAUUGUGUACAAAUUACUCAAAAAUCAAUAAUUAGAACAUUGAGAUUUAUUGAUA